AUGGCAGACGAUCUACCAGGCGACUUUGACGUGAUCGUAUUGGGCACAGGGAUGCCUGAGAGUAUUCUGGCUGCAGCUUUGUCCAGAGUCGGCCAGAAAGUGUUACACAUCGACAGGAAUGAAUACUACAGUGGACAAUGGGCUUCUUUUAAUCUAGAAAAUAUUAACAAAUGGAUGAAAGAGGUGACAGGUGAAUGUGACCUAGAACACCCCACCAUACAGGAGGAUACACUUUUACAGCCUGGGGAGACCCUGUCAAGAUUAGACUUGUCAGUAAAUGACAAAACCUACUUCAAUAUAACCUCAGAAUACCAUGUCAGUGACGAAGAAAAGGUUUUGGAUAAAGCUGAUCCAGCAAAGGAAAGUGACAAGGAAAAAACAGAUGAAUCUAGUCAAGAUGAGGCAAAAGGAAGCAAAGAAAAUGAUCACUCUAACAAAGAUUUGUCAUCUCCACCAGGAGAGGAAAAUGAAGAAUCUGAAUCUAACAAAGAACCAGCGACAAUAACUGAACAAAAAGCUGAUGGUACCAGUGAUAAAUCUCCUAGUAAGGAAAAUACUACAGAGAAAGCUGAGGGAAGGGAAAGUAAGAAACCACAGCCAUGGACAGCUUCUAAACUAAAGAUGGAGUGGCGUAAAUUUAACCUCGACUUAGCACCCAGGUUGCUGUAUUGUGCAGGAAACAUGGUGGAAUUACUGAUAUCCUCUGAUAUAGCUAAGUACUGUGAGUUUAGGACUGUGACAAGGGUCCUGACCUUCAUCAAGGACAAACUAGAGAAGGUUCCAUGUUCUCGGGCUGAUGUGUUCAGUAGUAAAGAGGUAUCCAUGCUGGAGAAACGAAUGCUGAUGAAACUACUCACCUUCUGUGCUGAUUAUACUAACCAUGAACACCAGUACAGAGAUUUUGCAGAUAAACCUUUUAAGGACUUCUUGAAAUCACAAAAGUUGACUGAAAAUAUAUGCCAUUUUGUACAACAUUCCAUUGCCAUGGUAACAGACACCAUGACAACAACAGAGGGGUUAGCAAGAACAAAAAAAUUCCUACACUCACUCGGUCGCUAUGGAAACACAGCUUUCCUAUGGCCCCUUUAUGGCAGUGGAGAGCUCCCACAGAGCUUUUGUCGGAUGUGUGCAGUGUUUGGUGGAGUUUACUGCUUACGUACUGCUAUUAGUGCUGUCAUAUAUGGUGAGAACAAAUGUAAAGGAGUUGUUCUGACGAAUGGACAACGAAUUAACUGCAGGUAUUUAAUCAUGGAAUCAUCAUAUGCCAACAAAGAAGACAUGAAAUAUCAGGCAAAACGACAUGUGAAUCGAGGCAUUUUUAUCACAGAUAGGUCAGUUUUACCUACCAAAGAUCAACAGCUGUCAUUGAUGCACUUACAAAAUUCUGAUGAUGGAAAUCGACCCACAGCAGUACUAGAACUGCCCUCAUCAUCCAUGACUUGUCCACAAGGCCUAUAUGCUGUACACAUGACGAGGCCAGGAUCAGGAGAUUUCCAUCCCCGAGAGGAUCUGAGGACUGUCACAAACUUGUUAUUUGAUCCAUCAGAUGAUGAUAAGCCUAAUGUUCUGUGGUCCUUGUACUUCAGUCACACUUAUUAUGAAGAUUUAGAAAGAGGGGAGGCCACUCCUGAUAACAUUAUAUUGUUGCCGGGACCUGGGCCAGAAAUAGACCUUAAUGAUGUUGUGACUCAGACCCGUCAGAUCUUUGCUGACAUAAUGCCAGAUGAGGAAUUCCUGCCACGACCUCCAGCCCCAGAGGACAUUAUCUAUGUGGACGAGAAUGAGGCUACAGUUGGGGAAAAUAAACAGCAAUCAGAUUUCACGGACAGCAGUGAUACAAAAGACAAUGGUACUGAGGGUAACAAAGAUACAGAGGAGCUUAAAACCAUUCAAUCAGACAAGUCAGCAUCGAGUGAAGACAGUGAUAUCAAGGACGCUGUUACCAAUGGUAACAAAAAUACAGAAGAGGUUACAGCCAUCCAAUUAGACACAGCAAUACCAGAAGAUUCCAAAGUUAUCCAAUCAGACAGUAACAUUCCAGAUAAAUCAGAAGAUGUAAGUGAACUAAAAGAUUCCAAUUGAAGGGACCAGAUGAUGGUGUACAAGGAGCAGCAGUGUUUAAUGACUGAGUACAGUCCAGGUUCUUGCAGUACAACUUGUACUUGGACUCAAAUUCAUAUGUACGGUGGUAAAUGAGCUUCAUUAUUAUGUUCAUCCCCUCUGUUCCUUAAUAUGCAAGGCUGUUUAAAUUUGCUUCACCUAACCCCACGUUUGUGGUCUCAUGCUUUUCUUUAAGUCCCAUAAUGUGUUCUAAUUGAGGUAAAACCCUUGGUUACUAUCCACUAUUCCAGGCUGGGUCAGGAUAGUCAAUCCUCCUGUGGUAAUCUGUAGGAGAUUAUUAUUGGGAGGCAUUUCUGGUCUGGUUCAUCAUGAUAGAUGCUUUCAGAAAAUUGUAUUUGUAUUUAUGUGAUAAGACUGUGCUUAAGAUAAAUAAGAAAAUGAAAUUAUGUUCAAAUUAAGCAGAAUUAUUGACAGGGGAGACAACUGGUUUUGUCAGGUUCUUGCAAUAAGUGGUGUGUCUGUAUAUUGUUGUGUCAGGUAAUAUAUAAAAAUGAUGUUGUGUAUAUUAUGAUGUUAUUGAUAAUCUUUCAUAUUUUGUUUCAGCAAGAAAAUACAGUUAUUUUGUAUACCUGAUACUGACAAUUUUGGCAUUAUCAUGCUAGUUGGUAUGUGAAUGCUUUGAAUAUAUACAGGCACUGAACUGGGUAAGGGUCUGAAUGCUUCAAAAUCUGCUGUUUGAGGCAGUCGCUCUUCAUUACAUGAUAAAUCUUAUAAACAUUAUAUUUAUUAUAUGUUAACUAAUUAACCAUAUGAAGAACAUUUAACUCAUUAAAAUAUUGUAAAAUUUUAACACAAUACCAUCCUCCUAUACGUGUGUAGAAGAGAAGAAUUAUUCACUUGUUGUCAAUGACUUUGAGUGACAUUGUAGAGGCUAAAUGAUUACUGACUUUAGUGACUAAAGUAUUUUAUGGUGUUACGCUGCAUAGAUCAACUACAAAAAGUAGAUGUGAAUAUCAGGUUACAUAUAAGAGAAAGACUCCAAAUAUUAGCAUGUCAAUGCUUAACUGCACAUGAUUUUGUGAGUUGGUUGACAAGGUUUUAUGUCCUUUACAUUAGUUCAUUGGAGUUCAAUGUGUGUGAGGGAGUAAGGGGACUUUAUCCUUGCCUCAUUGUCAUAGUCCUGUCUAUUUGGCAUGUUGUGAGAGUCAAAUGGAUCUUUUGAAUGGCCUGGCACACAGCAUAAUGCAAUGAACCCCACAGGUUUGUCAAGGAAACCGUCUUCUGUCUGAUGCUAUUGCUCCAGUGAUGCACAGGAUUUUAUUACUGUAUUCCUUUACUGAGUCAGGUAAUAUUGGUAACCAUGCAGCCUCUCUGUUCCAUACCAGUAGUGUUACCAAUUUCCCCAUUGUAAGGCUUUUUAAAUCAUGUUAAUAAAUAUGAACUAAAA